AAUAUUUUUUAGUUACUACCACAUCUUUUUCACAUACCUUGUUAGGAGUUUAGGAGCAUAGAGAGCAACAACAACAGAUAAAUUAUCAGAUCAUUAAGAGAUAAGGAGACAAAAAAUUUACUCAAAAAAUUUUAAUAGAUUGAAUAUAUGAGUCAUAUUUCUUAUAUAAGAUUCCUUUAAUUCAUUUUUAGUUAAUGUCAGACUAACCACUUGUUCGUUUCUUCGGCCUUUGAUGAAAGAUAAAGGAACGGCCUACAUCAUCAUCAGUAACUUUAAAUGGAGACAUGUGAAUUUCAAUAUCCAAGUAUCAAUGAUACAGAAGAAAUAGAGAGAGUAGUGGUAGUAUGUUUGGAUGAGAGAGAACAGUAGCAGAACACCAACCUCAUCAUGUCAAGCAAUGCAUUAAAGCUUUUUAUCUUGUUUUUUACUAUCUCCUUGUUUCCAUUCAUUUCUUCUCUAAACCAAGAAGGUCUCUCUCUACUUUCAUGGCUUUCAACUUUCAAUUCAUCCAACUAUGUCAGUACUACCUUCUCGUCAUGGGAUCCAUCUCAGAAAAAUCCAUGCAGAUGGGACUAUAUAAAGUGUUCUGCAGAAGAGUUUGUUGAAGAGAUCAUAAUAACAUCGAUCGAUCUUCGUAGCGGUUUUCCUACACAGUUCCUUUCUUUUAACCACCUUACAACUCUUAUCAUCUCAAAUGGAAAUCUCACAGGAGAGAUUCCAAGUUCAGUUGGAAACUUGUCAUCUCUAGUUACUCUUGACCUUAGCUUCAAUACUUUAACAGGAACCAUUCCAAAAGAAAUAGGAAAGUUAUCUGAACUAAGAUGGUUAUCUUUGAAUUCAAAUUCAUUACAUGGAAAAAUUCCAACCACAAUUGGAAACUGUUCAAAGCUUCAUCAGCUGGAACUUUUUGACAACCAGCUUUCCGGUAUGAUUCCCGGAGAAAUAGGCCAGUUGAAGGCUCUUGAAUCGCUGAGAGCAGGCGGAAAUCAAGGUAUAUUUGGCGAAAUUCCAAUGCAGAUAUCAGAUUGUAAGGCUUUGGUUUUUCUUGGACUUGCAGUUACUGGAAUUUCUGGUGAGAUUCCAUCAAGUAUAGGAGAACUUCAGAAUCUCAAGACACUUUCAGUCUACACAGCACAUCUCACAGGUCAAAUUCCACCAGAGAUUCACAACUGUUCAGCUUUGGAAGAUUUGUUUCUGUAUGAAAAUCAGCUUAAUGGAAACAUUCCUUAUGAAUUAGGUUCCAUGCAAAGCCUCAAAAGGGUUUUACUGUGGCAGAACAAUUUAACUGGAAACAUUCCUGAAAAUCUUGGAAACUGCACAAGUCUGAAGGUUAUUGAUUUCUCUUUGAAUUCUCUUAUUGGUCAGUUACCUUUGAGUCUCAGUAAACUACUCUCAUUGGAGGAACUUCUUUUGUCUGAUAAUAACAUUUAUGGAGAAAUACCUUCAUAUGUUGGCAAUUUUUCCAUGUUGAAGCAACUUGAAUUAGAUAACAACAAAUUCUCUGGUGAGAUUCCAUCUGUUAUAGGGAAUCUGAAGGAACUCACACUCUUCUUUGCUUGGCAGAAUCAGCUUCAUGGAAGUAUACCAACAGAACUAUCUAACUGUCAGAAACUUGAAGCGAUUGAUCUUUCGCACAAUUUCCUUACUGGUCCGAUUCCAAAUUCUCUCUUUCAUCUAAAGAAUUUAACUCAGUUGUUGCUGAUAUCAAACAGACUUUCAGGUCAAAUUCCACCUGAUAUUGGCAGCUGCAUAAGUUUGAUCAGGUUAAGACUAGGAUCAAACAACUUUACCGGUCGAAUUCCACAAGAAAUAGGCCUUUUGAGAAGUUUGAGUUUUCUAGAGUUGUCUUAUAAUCAACUCAGUGGAGAUAUUCCUUAUGAGAUAGGUAACUGUGCUCAUCUAGAAAUGCUUGACUUGCACAGCAAUGAACUCCAAGGAACCAUUCCUUCCUCAUUAAAAUUCCUCGCCAGCCUUAAUGUAUUGGAUCUUUCUUCAAACAGAAUAACAGGAACCAUUCCCAAGAGUUUUGGCAAACUUACAUCUUUAAAUAAGUUGAUUCUAAAUGGAAACCUUAUCACUGGUUUAAUCCCUCAGUCACUAGGCCUUUGUAAGGAUUUGCAGUUGCUUGAUUUAAGUAACAAUAGAAUCAUUGGUUCUAUUCCAAAUGAGAUUGGUUACUUGCAAGGAUUGGAUAUUCUCUUGAACUUGAGUUGGAAUUCUCUUACUGGUUCCAUUCCAAUGACUUUCUCUAAUCUCUCAAAACUUUCCAUAUUGGACCUCUCUUACAACAAGCUCACAGGCACACUCAUAGUACUUGGUGAUCUUGACAAUCUUGUGUCUCUAAAUGUUUCCUACAAUAAAUUCUCCGGGACUCUUCCGGACACGAAGUUCUUCCGGGACCUACCAGCGGCUGCGUUCGCUGGUAACCCUGAUCUUUGUAUUAACAAGUGUCAUGCAAGUGAAAAUCUACAAGGCAACAAGUCAAUAAGGAAUAUUAUUAUCUUCACUUUCCUUGGAGUUAUUUUAACUUCUGCUAUUGUCACUUGUGGAGUGAUAUUAGCACUGCGGAUUCAAGGGAACAGUUAUGGGAGUAGUAAUGAUUUUGAUCAUGAAGGUGAACUGGAAUGGUCUUUCACUCCAUUCCAAAAGCUUAACUUCUCCAUCAAUGACAUUGUAACAAAGUUGUCUGAUUCAAACAUUGUUGGAAAGGGCUGCUCGGGCGUUGUUUAUCGUGUCGAGACUCCAACAAGACAGGCUAUUGCAGUGAAGAAACUAUGGCCAAUAAAGAAUGAAGAGACACAAGAGAGGGAUCAGUUUACAGCAGAAGUUCAGACGCUUGGAUCAAUAAGGCAUAAAAAUAUAGUGAGACUUUUAGGAUGCUGCGACAACGGAAGAACUAGAAUGCUCUUGUUUGAUUACAUAUGUAAUGGAAGUUUGUUUGGAUUGCUUCAUGAAAAGAGAUUGUUCUUGGAUUGGGAUGCAAGGUACAAGAUCAUACUAGGAGCAGCUCAUGGUUUAGAAUAUCUUCAUCAUGAUUGUAUCCCUCCCAUCGUCCAUCGCGAUAUUAAGGCUAACAACAUCUUGGUAGGUCCAAUGUUUGAGGCUUUUCUUGCAGAUUUUGGCCUUGCAAAAUUGAUCAUUUCAUCAGAGUGUGCAGGAGCUUCUAAUGUUGUCGCAGGUUCUUAUGGAUACAUAGCUCCUGAAUAUGGAUACAGUUUAAGGAUCACAGAGAAAAGUGAUGUAUACAGUUAUGGUGUUGUGCUACUUGAGAUUUUAACUGGAAUGGAGCCAACAGAUAACAGAAUUCCAGAGAAUGCUCACAUUGUAACAUGGGUUAUCAGUGAAAUCAGAGAGAAGAAAAGAGAGUUCACAACUAUCCUUGAUCAGCAAUUAGUAUUGCAAUGUGGAACAAGAAUUCCAGAGAUGCUUCAAGUGUUAGGAGUGGCUCUUUUAUGUGUGAAUCCGUCCCCGGAAGAACGACCGACGAUGAAAGAUGUAACGGCAAUGCUCAAGGAGAUCAGACUUGCAAAUGAUGAUUUGGAUAAACCAAAUGUUCUCAAUAAAUGCAUGGUUGUUACCAAUCCAAAAGCAGCAGUUCAUUGUUCAAGUUUCUCAAGAUCAUGUGAACUUUUGAUAGAAUCAUCAUCCUCUUCUUCAUAGUCAUUACUAAAUUGAUUAUUAUUAUUAAAUCAGUUAAUUUGUUAAGUGACAAAUUAUUUAUUUGUAUAGAUCAGUUUAUAUGUUUAUGGUAAUUCUUAUUUCACACUACAACUGUGUUAUUUUUGUAGAUAAAAUCUUUCUCUGGAACAAAAGUCAGAGAAGUAAAUAACUGUGUCCUCAUCUUAAGUUGAUAUUGUCCUAGAAUUGAUGUCAAUAAAAACAACCACUGUGUUGUCCAAAAUUCAAGUAAUAGAAGGAAUAUAAAAAUUUGAAACA